AAACAUUAAGACGGUGACACAGCCAGGACGGGACAGGAGGAGGACGAAGAUAGGAGGAGGAAGAAAAGCAGAGGGGCUGCAAAUCAGACCUUGGGGAUCAGACUGAUGGCGUCCUUCUCUGGAGAUGCAGAAGGGAGCACUGAAGACAUUACAGGACGUAAAAAGUCCAAGCUCAGGUCUCUGAAAACGCGCCUCUUUGGGAGGAGUAAGAGAGGGAGCUCGACGAAGAAGAACCCCAAACUCAGCCAGUCGGAGAGCAACAUCACGUCAGGAAAGGAACUCGGAUCGGAGGAAGAUUUGUCAUGUCCCCAGGGAAUGAUGUCAUCACGAGCUUUGUCCCACGACAGCAUCUUUCUGGAUGAUCAGGUCCUUAAAGAAGCUGAACCAGACAGGGUUUCAUCCCAGGAGAAUGUGCAGGGCAGGAUCAAAGCUCUUCAGAAGAAGCUCCAACAGCAGAAAAUGCAUUUGGGUCCGCCACCUCUGGUUCUGCCCAUCAGACGACCAGAAGAUCCAGAAGGCCGCUCAGAUGACGAUUAUCUCUCCAGCAGCCCCGCUGAGAUCUCAGUAAGUGAGAGUCAGGGAACACUCAGUGAUACUUCUCCAAUCUCACCCAACCCCAAACAAUCACCCACCAAAUACGCAUCCCAGACUGUGCCUGUCUCUGUUCCUUCCAAUUCUUCUGUGGAUGAGUCUCCGUCAGACUUCAGCUCUCCGGCCCAGUUAACCCCUCGCCUGGACACCUCUGCUGCUCGCCACCGGAUGUCAGUCAAGCCCAGAAACCAGCGAGCAGGCUCCAAGAAGAAAAUUGGUGAAGCUGAUUCUGACUUGGCACUGAACAACAUCGACCACCCCGAUUCUGACAGUGAAAAAGAGCUGCAGUCUGAUAGUCAAGAAGAAGUGACAUUGGAAACACAACAAGGAGAAACCAUCAGUCCUGUUACAUCUCAACUUCAACCUUCAAAACCCCCAGAAGUGGUACCACUUACAUCAGCUGUAGAAAAUAAAUCAAUGACGGACCUAACUCCUCUUGAGGCAGUGCCCUCUGUACCCUCCCAGGUUCUUAGAGUCAAGACUCACAGAACAGGGGACACAAUGUCCAGUGAGCGGCCACACUCGUGCUUCUUACCAUCAGAGAUGAAAGACAAAAGAGAUGCUGGUUUUGAGAUAGAAGUAAUGAGACAUACUCUGAACAAGACUGGGAUAACCGACCAGCUCUCCUCCGCUGCUGGCUUAGAGGAACCAUUCAGGUCCUCCUCCCCUCAGCAGCAGGUUCAAAAUGUGCCAGAAGGCACAUCAGUUAUAAAACGAUCCUCCCAGGGAUCUGGGUCCUUCCAUUUCUCCGUCACCACUGCCAAAAACAGAGACGGAGAAAGACCCAGAUCAGGCAGUUUUGCAGGAGUUCUUGAAAAGACUGAGGGCAGGCACAGAUAUGAAAAGAAACCCAUUUCAAGCAUGAAGGAGAAGGAAGAACUGAGAGAGUUACAGUUAAGAGGAGCAAGCUCUGCUGCUGGAAGACUCAGACAGGGGGGAGCUCAGCAGAAAAGCUCAGAUUUUCUACUGGACAAGAGAGAGAGCCUCAAAAAACUGGACUCUGUGGUACCACCGACGAGUGUCACCUCAGACACGGACGCUGUCAAAAGUGAGGAAGAGAAGGAAGAAGUGGAAAGACAGGAGGCGCGGGAGGAAGAAGGAAAGGUGGCAUUUGGUGUCAAACUGCGCUCCACAUCUCUGUCAAUGAGAUUCCGGUCUGAAGCGGCAGCAAGCGAAGAGCAGUGUGACAAACAAAAAGGAGAGGAAGUGAGCAAUAACACCAGCAACAAGUCCAGGAAAGUGACACCUGAGAGUGUCAUCUCGAGUGUACCACUCACCUCUGGAGACCUACGACAGACAGAUCCGACCCUACCUGGCCUCUCUUCCCCGGUUAAAAAAACUCCACCAUCACCAUGGACAGACGUCCAAUCGACUGCCAAAGUUGAAAACUCCAGUUUCACCCUCAAAGAAAUUGAAAGUAUCCCUGCAGCACCUCAGGAGCCUGCACCCACCCCUCAAUCUGCCUCCUCUGAGGUGUCCUGGAUGAGUCUGGCUAUGGAGAAGACCAAAAGCAUCCAGCAGCUUUUUACUAGAUUUCCCAGAGAAUUCUCAGGUGCACCACCGAGACCACAAGCACAAGCGCCACCAGCGAGUCAGGCACCUACACCGCCUGUGGCGCCCACGCAGACACAGACUGUGAAAAUGCAACAAAGUGUGAUGCCAUUAGAGGUGGCGAAACAGCCACCGACUGAUGCAGUCAAAGCGGAAAUGGCGCAGAGUAGAAGUCAAGCACAGGUUGUCAAACCGUCGCUGGUGGCAGUGCAACAGAAGACAUUAACGGCGUCUCCAGUGAAGUCAAACACCCCGAGAGAACCGAUAACAUCCAAACAGAUCAGUCAACCCCAGCCACAACUGAAUUCAACUCCUUCUGCAUCUCGCCCAGCUGUGAAGACAAACCCAACAGCAGCUCAGCCCCCCUUGCUCUCUGCUACAAAAACCCAGACCCCGUCUCCGAUGACCCAGCCUCCCUUGCUCUCUGCUACAAAAACCCAGGGAGCAGCUCAGGCACCGUUGCUCUCUGCUACAAAAACCCAGACAGCAGCUCAGUCCCCCUUGCUCUCUGCUACAAAAACCCAGACCACAUCUCCGACAACCCAGCCUCCCUUGCUCUCUGCUACAAAAACCCCAACAACAUCUCAGUUGGCACAAGGGAGCACCACACAAUCUCUUGCACAGUCUUACCUUUCUUCAGCCCAGCAGCAGCAGCAACCUCCCUGGACCAAUCGAGCUCCUCAGUCGGCCAACCCGGUCAAAUCAGUGACUCCAGCUCUUGCUUCAGUUUCAACCACCGCGCCAGCUCCUCCUGUUCCUCCUGCUCCAGAAUCUGCAUCAGGAGAAGAAAAAGAAACCCCUGUGCAGGAAAAAGAACCUGCACCCCUGUCAGUGAGCCAGAGGGCUGCUUUUUUGGAGAAACGGGCAGAGCGGGUAACUCCACCAGCAACCAAAGGGGUUGAAUUGAAGAAAGCUCCAACGGAGGCACAGACACUAGUGGAAACCCCGGUCUCACCCAAAACCUCAACAGUAGUCCAAGACACUAAACCAGAGGGGAGACAAUGGGCCAAACCUGCAGAGUCAAGUCCCACCAAAAUUCCAGACCGGCCUCAGGAUGACAAAUGGCCCAGGAAAAAUGUGGCGUCAUCCCCCGCGCGCUCGCUGUCACCCACAGUGCCGUCACCAUUACAGUCCAUGCCUGAGGGCGGCCAGCCAUCCUGGAUGGAACUGGCCAAAAGAAAGUCAAUGGCCUGGAGUGAUAAGUCCAUGGACUGAGAGGGGGGGGGACAGACAAUCAGCAAAUACAGCAGCCCUACACAAAAUCUUACGUUGAAAUUUUAGGUGAGUCUGGCAGAAAGGUGAUGAUUCAACUCUGUUUAGGAUUGUGAGUUUGCAUACUGAGUUUUAUUUAAUUCUAAAGUGUUAAUGUAAUAUUUAGAGGCAAGCAGAGAGAAAGUAUAUAUUGAAAAGUUAAUUAAAAUCACUCUUUAAUGCUGAUACCAUAUCUGACUGAAGUUUUAUGUGAUUCAGCAUGUCAUUGCUGUUG